CGCUGUUUAUCGAAUGCCGGUGUUAAACCAAUUUUUUGAAUUCAUAAACAGCUUCAUAUACUUUACAGCUAAACAGCUGUUGUUUUUAUCAUUCCGCUUUGCUGUAGUAUUCUUCCCUUCUUGCUCAAACGGGUACAAAGUCAUCCGUUAUCGCACAAGAAAAUUGAAGUAUCUGUCAAGUAAAGUGAUGAUGAUAGUGAUGAGUGUUGUGAACUGAGUUUGAUUUGAGCCCGUGGUGAAAAUUUUUGUUUAUCGCAUAAUCCCUGUAUUGAAAAUGCUGUGAUCAUGAUUACAUUUUUCACUUUUCUCGUCAUACUAGUGAUAAUUUAUCUAGGAAUCACCUGGCUUUUACCGCAAUGCAUUGGAUACGUGUUGAAAAGAAAGUUUAACAUUAAAAUACGCUUCGGUCGGAUUAGCUUACCGUUUUCUCUGCGGGAUGUAAACGUUUGCAAAAGUGGAUUUUCGGUGCAAAUCGAUGAAAUCUGUAUAAGGAGCAGUUUCUUUAACUCAGAGGUGACGAAACUAUUAUCUAUUAAUAUCCGUGACAUUCGAAUCAAUAAGGAUGUCAAUCGGCGGCAACAGCAAGCCGGUAGUAGUCAAUUUCAAUACAAUCAACAAACCGCAGGAGUUUCCGCUGAUAUAUCUACAAAUGGAAGCGGUUCAAGCGAACGGGAAACUUUGGAUUUUCGUAAAAAAAAGGUGCAUCCUAUGAUUAUAAAAUUUGCACAGUUCAUGGCCGUUCAUAUAAACAAUGUAUCGAUUGCUUUGUUAAACAAUGACAAUGAUCCCGGAUGGUUGCUGCAUGCCACAGCAAAAGAGUUGCAUUUGGAUGGGAGCAUUGUGCACAACACUAAAACUAUGCUUGUCUCUGCAGCCCUAUGCGACGCACAAGCAAAAAUUUUACGACAUUGUCCAGUUGGCAAGAAAAAGCUAGGAGAUAAUCAAGCAUGUUUGGGUGAACUUAGUUUUGGAAUUGCAAUGGAUAGUGUGUUGAUUGCCCACGGACCAAUUUCUCUAGAAAAACUGCAGCUGGCAAUGACGAACACAAAAGUCGUUCUACAUGGAGGUCUCUAUGAAUUUAUCAAAGAUGCUCAAAAUCAAAAACGAAGAGAGCGAAUGUUUUUGCAACACAAUAGUAUAAGUAUAGAUAGAGCUGAAUCUGACGAAGGUUGCAGUUACGCAGGAGGCACGUACCUGCGCAUAGCUCCUAUUAUACCUAAAAAUUUUGUAAUUAAAAUCGAAGACACGACCAUUUCGGCGGUUCGCGAAAACAGCUCGAACGAUUUUUCUGCGACCCUGCAGUCCUUCACUAUAUCAGGAAAGUUUAAUAAUCGCAAUCUUUCUGACGAAUUUCGUCUUCCGAUGUUCUAUAUUGGAACGCAACUCCAGCAGCUGGAAAUCGACACGAUGCAGGAGAAGCUGUUAUACAUGGAGCAAUUCAGUGUCGAUGCAAAACUAGAAAAAGAUCUCAUAAAUGUGUAUUCGAAGUUAAAAUCAUUCCGAAUGAUUUACCAUCACCGAGAAAUUUAUGGCUGGAUUAGCAAAAACUUUUUUUCCAGUGAAAGGCUGGCUAGACAGAUGAAUCCAAAAAGCUUAAAGCUAGCGACAAGCAUGAAUAGUUCACGAUUUCCUGCGGCAAAUGGAGGGGCGCUGGAUGAUUUUUUAAAACGAGUUGUCAUUACAGGUUGUGCGGAACUAUGGAAUGUCACGUCUGUUUUUAAGUUUGGUCAACAAGAGGUAUCUUCUAUAUGUUGUAAUCACACCAAAUUACUGCUGGAUCAGUUUGCCCCACAACGUAGCAGUGUGUAUAAAAAUCGGUUGCUAAAUGUUAUUCUAGGUAAACGCCAUUGGAGUGCUGAGUUGAUGGUCGAGUCGCUCUGGUGGUCUCUAAAUGGAAACGUUUUGAACAAUAAAGAUUUUGGCCAAAGUCUUAAAAAAAGUCACAUCCGCAGGAGUCCGUUCUAUGUAGGGGUUAGCUUGAUUAAAUUAAGCAGUUACGGAGACGCUACGAAGUUAGAUCUCUCAAUUCAUACGUUUAGAACCGAGUACAGCCCGGCGUUGGCAGCAUACUUGGUACAAGCGAAGCAAUGUUUGGAACAGUAUAAAUCGACGAAGAUGACUUCUGGAAGAAAGACAAGCUGGUGUUCAACCGAUGAAGAGGAAGAACCUGGAGUAUUGAAAAAACCUGCAUCGCCGGGGUUAUUGAUUACAGCUAAAGUAACUGACAUAACCUGCUUUCUGUUCAAUAAAUACGAGACGUGUGUUUUGGCUAAUCUAAAUGAACUGUCUCUGGCGAAAACACCCAGUGUGAACGUUCUUAAGCUAGACCACUUUCAUAUGGAGACCUUGGAUUUCAAGAACAUAUCAGGCUCAGAUUUUGGACCGGCGGAAAUGCAUAACAUGUUUGCUAACUUUAAACUGAUUCGCAUAGAAUAUACGGAGUCCCAGCGUUUGGCGAUUCAUUUUCUCGAAGACACAGGAGCUAUGUGGAAUGCCAAUUUACACAUGCAUAUCGUGACGUUGAUUAGUGAGAUUCGUGAGCUGCGUGAAGCAUUAAAAUGGAAAGAGAUUGCUCAACCUCCACUGGAAUUGCCGACCAAAGAAGAACCGAAAAAAUCCACCAGUGAGAAGCCUGCGUGGGUGAUUGACGUUUACGCAGAAGGACAUGCCGAGUUCGCCAUGAAGAUAAGUGAACGCCACUCGAUGCAGAUUUUCAGUGAAAAUUUGUACAUAAGUCGAAAGGAUUGGUGGUUCAUUUCGUUCGAACAUAUUUUUAUAAAGAUCGAUGAUCAGCACAUUUUUUCAUUCAAUGAUGUCGAUUGUCAUCAGUUGGGUGAGAUGGACGUUUUGAGGAUGGAACGAAAGCAUUACGAAAAUUUUAAGCUAGCAAACAACAAAGUGUGGGCUACCACAAUCGGAGUUGUGAGAAUUAUCUUUCCAUAUGAUCAUGAUUUCUACGGUGCAAUAGUUAACGAAUUUGUUUCAAUUUACAAGUGGUUAAAGGUGAUACACGGUUAUAAGAAGAAACCUUUCACUAUCAAUUCACCACUUCCGAGUGAUAUGUUUAUACAAAUUAAAGAGUUCCUGAUGGAAAUGAGUGACGAUCCGUUUGAAGUAAAACUUCGUGAUAAUUAUGUUCUUUUAUUGGACGAAUAUAACGAGAGUGUAAAACGAAAGGAAUUAUUUGAUCAGAAGAUUGAGCAAUUGUUUUCGGAGCGGUUAUUACUACCAGCUGGAACCCUAGAAGAACUAAACGCCAAUCUGAUAAAAAAGAACUCGGAAAUUUAUAUACAAAGAUCGAAAAAGUUAGCCGAAACUGGCCCUCCAAGAACAAGGUUAAUUGCUUGGAUCAUGACAGAUUUGGAGAUAAUGGCGAUGGCUGAUCCAUACGUGCAUGGAACUGACAAAGCAGUUCGUAUGAUUCGGGAGAUUGACGCUGAAAGUCCGUGGCCCGAGGAAGGAAUUGAAUUUGUAACCCUUUGGUGUCGCGCAGUGAAUGUGAGUUGCACCGAAUGGAAAUUUAUGCUUCGUGAUUACCCGCAACCAAUGUUCCAUGUUAAAGCAAUGCAUCUAUUUGGGUACCUGGCUGGUGCCGAAAUGGCCCCUCCUAGAAGGGCAAAACGGGAUGUUGAUAUCGAAAUUGGAGAUCCUUUUGGUACGCACACAAUUCAACGAAGUAUGACUUCAAUCAAAUUCUACCAUGACUUUGAUUGGGAGUUGGACUAUUUAGCGUACGCAUUUGGACCAUGUUGGGAGCCCGUCAUGGCCCAAUGCAACUUAAUGAUGGAAAAAAUUUCUGCACCAUCUAGAGACCCCAGUCCACCGCUGCCAUUUUGGGAUAAAAUGCGAUUGUUAAUGCACGGUCGCCUCACUAUAAUUGCCAAACAGUUCACGAUUUUAUUGCACGCAUCUUUGGACCCCUAUAAUACCACAGAAGAAAUGGAGCUCACCUGGAAUAACUGUGGAAUCGUAUAUACCAACGCAAAAAUCAUGUUCAAGGGUGAUCUUAACGUGUUUGUACGCACAGCUUCUCGUUAUGAUGAUUGUCGUUUGCUACAUUUGCCAAACCUCAAACUAACCUUCAAACUGAGCUGGAUUUGUUUGGCGAACCCAAACGAUCACCAUGCCGUCAUUCCUUGCGCUCCCGAUAAACUGCCCGAGUACUCGAGCAAUCAAGUGCACGAUUCAUUUCGUGCCUUUCGCUCUCAAAAUCUUAACAUUUGGGUUUCGUUCGAAAUCAAGCAGAAUGUCUCAGAGCUGGACGUUCCCAAUUUGGAACUAUACGGAAGCACAUUGCGUUGGUUUGAAAGUCUCAAAUUAAUUCUGUCGGGUGUUACUAGACCAACUCGACGAGGAACAGUAUUCAACAAUGUCCGUCCUAGGAAAAAGCAGCUAAGUCGACAUUAUCGAAAAGCUAAUCUGCAGAUGAGUCUGCAUAAAUUUCAAAUAUUCUACUGGAUGUCACAUGCGUUGAACCGCGGGUUUCAACUGAACGGGGGACGUAUUUCCUUCAGCUCUGAACAUACACUCUCUCUUUCGCCAAUCGACGACGGUCUCAUCCAUCGUCCUCGUGCUGACUGGGCUAUUAUGUACAUGAACUGUGAAUUGAACGAUGCCGAAAUUUGGCUGCGUACAACAACAACCAGUGACCGAACGGACGGCAGCUCGGAAAGUAUUUCUGGCUCCAAUGGUGAUAUUUAUAGGUAUUAUUUUCUCAGCGUUGCCCGGGUUUCGUACGGCCGAGAGGCGCAUUUCGUGAAUGGCAGCGAAAGAGAGAAGGACACUCCAACGCACAAGCUUGUGGUCUAUGAUUUGAAGGGUGCGUGGACCAAGGAUAACCGAGAUGUGGCUUUUGCGCUGUUUGAUUCCUUUAUGAAGAGUCAACGAUUAAAAAAUAAUCUUUCCACCGAAGCACUUAAAUGUUUUCGCAAGGAGGGUAAAAACACUCCGCUAAAAUCGAGAAGCAGUCAGGAAAAACAUAUGUCUUCGACCCAUCAUACAGAAGGUAACAGUGGCAGUCGCGGUAGCCAAGGAGGGCAUAUAAGCAAACGGCAGGAAACGUCGGAUGGGUUAGUAAUGCUGCAGCAAUUGAUCGCCGAAGCUGACCACAAAUCGGUUGUGUUUAGUGAUGAUUUGUCGGCACAGACCAGGCAGCAACAGUUGAAAGGUUUACAGGCGUGUCAGGAUGAUGAUGUGCUGCAUUACAACUGGUUUAUUUCACUCGUUAACUCUCAAGUGUUGUUGAAGGGUUGCGAAACAUCCGGAUACGUCAUUUUAAGUGCUGCCAAGGCAGAGAUAUUACAACGUGUGCACAGACCGGUUUGGCGUGACCAUACGAUUGUUUCAAAAACCACCUGGGUUGGUUCGUUGGAGUGCAUGCAGUACUAUGCGACGGUUAGUGAGGAAGACGGAGAUACAAGAGAGAUGGCAGAGAUUUUGUGGCUUACGGUUGACAACAUCCAGGAGAAGGAUAAGGAAGCCACUAUGAUAAAUGAGUUUCCGGACUUACCGCAUCUGGUAGGCAGCGGUCAAAGUGUAGGUGGCGUCGUGUCUGGAACAGUGGGUGUUUCUGGAGACAGCUACCGUGGUGGCAGGUCACCCAUUCAACUACAACGAAUUGUUUCUCGAUGUAAAUGUGAGUUCUUUUAUGUCAGCUAUGGCGAUACUAGUAUUGACCCAGGAACGAUUUGUGAAGUGCCGCCACCUCCAGUGGAAGAAAGUAUGAGUCCUUGGGAAAAUCAGGACGAACCGGUCGAUGCAUUCACUCUAAUGCAUCACGAUUUAGAUGUUUGCACGAAUUCGCUGCAGUACGCAAUGAUAUUGGAUAUCGUUAACAAUUUACUGCUGUACGUUGAACCACAGAGAAAGGAAGCCUUGGAGCGGUUAGCCAGAAUGCGAUUCCAAUUGCAGUUAUACAGCGGAGAGGAUCAGAAGCGUCCAAUUCAACACAUUCAAACGGAAAUCCGAGGGCUUAUGUCUCGCAUUCGAUGUCUUGAAAAAGAUAUACAUUUUAUUACCAAAGCUCGUCUCGAAGAUGGUGACAGCGAUGAACUUCGAAUGGAGUAUGAAGAAGUUCAGAAAAUGAUCCGAGAGUAUAAGGAAAUGCUUUCGAACAAAAGUGACGAGUUAGAUAUGAUGUUGUCUUGUUACAAUGAAACUCAGCUAUCUGCGUCGAAUCGACUAGCGACAAUUCGCAAGGAUAAACCUCUAACCAUUGUUCGAGCAAAUGAGAUAUGUUUCAAACAUGCCCAAUGGCGACUAACGGAAGCUGAUGGUCAGAUUGGUAUUGCCGAUCUGAUCCUGAGUAAUUUUCUGUACACCAAAAAUUCCAAAAGUGACGAUUCGGUCGAUCACUUACUUGAGCUCGGUUAUAUUCGGAUAAACAAUCUAAUUCCUAGAGAUAGCUACAAAGAAGUUCUGUGUCCAACCGAAAUCCAACGAGAUAUGCCAGUGGAUCACAAACGUGUAAUGCGUGUAUUUUGCCGAGAAAAGCCUCCAGUUGGUGGAAUAUCCGUAAAGGAACACUUCGAAAUAAACGUCGUUCCGAUCACGAUUGCCAUAUCGAAAAAGUUUUACAAUACGAUGUUGAAGUUUUGCUUUCCGGAUCGUGACGCAUUAGAGGUGGAAGGCAACGACGAACUUGAAGAUGGCGCCAGUUCCAGUUCGACGUCAUCAUUGUCUACUAAAAGUUCCUCCAAAAAGACGACAUCUUCAAAGGGCAAGAAGAGCUCAAAGGAUAGCAAUUUCUACGUUAAAAUUCAGGACGACGUAGAAAAGAUGAAAGAGCGGGCUGAAAAAAAUAAGUUAUUUAUUUAUAUCAAAAUACCGGAGGUGCCUGUUAAAGUAAGUUACAAAGGUAACAAAGAAAAGAAUAUCGAGGAUAUCACGGAUUUAUCGCUACUGAUUCCGACACUUGAAUAUCACAAUGUGACAUGGACUUGGUUGGAUUUGCUGUUGGCGAUGAAGUCUGAUAGUAGAAGAGUGCUUUUGUCACAGGCAAUCAAGCAAAAGCUGAAGUUGAAAAAAGUACUAGUGGACGAGCAACCGUCACCACAGGAAGAAGACAAGGCAAAGAUGUUAUUCGGAAAUCGACAUGCGCGAGUUCGAAACAAGCCGGAAAACAAAAGUUUGCGGAAGGGAGUUUUCAAAUUUUCCAAAUCAUAGAUACUGUUCGGAGGCUAUGAACUGUGAGUGAACAGUCCCUUCACCUCAACAAAAUAGAUACGCAACAGCUAUUGAAACUAGUCCUAGCAGUGGUUUUCACAGGCAAUCGAAUUCUAAACACUAUGAUAUGUUUAUGUAGUGUAGCAGCAAUACGAAACAUCACUAGAACAGAUUUUAUUCCAGGGUAUUCAUGUUUCUAUUCAUGGUUAUUAUUAACAGCAUGUAUUGAAAUCUUUUGUGUUUAUAUAUUUGAGCUGUAUCAUUACUCGGCCAAAGCUAAAAUAGAUUACCGAAUUUAUUUAUUUGUUCUACAAGUCAAAGUGUGGUCUACAGUUUGGCAUUUGUGCUCGGAUUAUUUCUCAACAAAGUUGUCAGAUGUUUAUUGGUAUUCCAUGAGUGUUAACACUUAGUUUAUGAAAUUUUACUCAAUAGGAUGAAAAUUUGUAUAAAAAUAUUUUUCGUUUUACUAAUGGCA